AUGGCGUUAAACAGAUUACAAAAUACGGAAAAACGGCUAAUGAAAAACAAAAGUCUAGGAGAAGAGUACAAUAAUAUUAUUAAGCAGUAUCAAGAAAAGGGAUACUUGGAGAAAAUCAAUAAAAGGGAUCUUGGAGAUGGUUGGUACUUACCACAUUUUCCAAUUCUUCGUCCUGAUAAAUCAACUGCAAAAGUCAGAAUUGUGUUUGAUGGAUCUGCAAAAUAUAAUGGUAAAUCAAAUAAUGAUGUUAUUUAUCAAGGUCCAAAACUUCAACAAGACCUUGUGACUGUUUUGCUGAGAUUUCGAAAAUACCCAGUGGCUUUAGCUUGUGAUAUAGCAGAAAUGUAUUUAAAAAUUGGAAUACAUAAAGAUGACCAAAGGUACCAACGAAUUUUAUGGAGAAACCUAGAUUCAACUGCCGAGCCUGAGGUAUUUCAGUUUAAUCGGCUCGUAUUUGGAAUCAACUCAGCGCCCUUUAUGGCUCAAUUUGUAACGCAAGAACACGCAGGAAAGUAUGCAAAAAAAUUUCCUUUGGCUUCUGAAGCUGUUCUUGAAGCAACUUACAAGGACGACACAAUAACUUCUGUAGUUGAUGAAAAAGUAGGAAUUCAAUUAUACAAGGAACUCACGCUACUAUGGGGUUCAGCAGGAAUGUUUGCACAAAAGUGGCUUUCAAACUCGGUUGAAGUUCUUAAAAUAACACCAGAAAAUGAUCGUGCAGAACAUAUAAAUUUAGAUUCUGGAAAAUUGCCUGCAAUGAAAACACUUGGAGUUGUCUGGAAAGCAAAACCUGAUUUAUUUAGUUUUCGUUCUGUAACAACCGAAGAAAAUACGGAACUGUGGAUUGAUGGAAUUGAGUGGGAUGAUGCAGUUCCGGAUAGGAUUGCAAAUAAUGUUGAUCAAUGGUUUCAAGAACUAAACGAUCUCCCAAAGCGUCUUCUAAAGCUUACGGUGCUGUUGCUUACCAACAAUGUUUAUAUGAUACAGGAGAAUCUUAAUGUUUUAUGGUGGAUAAAAAAUCAAAGUCGAAAGUUGAAACCAUUUGUUGCCAACCGUGUUGGAUUCAUUCAAUCAAAAACUGAGCUAAAACAAUGGAGAUACAUACCAACAAAAACUAAUGUAGCUGAUUUACUAACAAGAGGAACAACAGUUAAAGAAUUAGAAAGCAAUUAUGUAUGGUGCCAUGGACCAAGUUUCCUUAAUUCUUUAGAAGAAAAAUGGCCACAGAAUCACAUUGAAGUUACACAAGAGGCUUCAAUUGAAGUGAAGAAAAAUUCAGUAUUAAUGAAUUUUGCAUUAUCCACUGAAGGUGAUAUAGCAGCUGAUGAAUAUCAUGAAAGCGAAAAAGAAAUCAUAGCUAAAGCUCAAAAAGAAAGCUUUAAAGAAGAAUAUAGCAACAUUGAAAAAGGAAAACCGAUAUCGAUAUCAAGCAAAAUUAUUUCUUUAAAUCCGCAAAUUGACGAAGACGGAUUAUUGCGAUCUUGCAGUCGAUUGCAAAAUCCCCAUUACUUACCCUACGAUGUCAAGUAUCCAAUCAUUUUGCCGAGAGGACAUACAAUAACAAAGUUGAUUGUCAAGUAUUACCAUGACGAAGCCAAUCAUGUGAUGGGAACAAAUCAAUUAUUAACAAAACUAUCAGAACGAUAUUGGGUAAUACGAGGACGAAAAGAAAUCCGAGAUGCAGAAGCAAAAUGCAACAAAUGUAAAUUAAGAAGAUGUAAACCUGCUCAACAGCUAAUGGCCCCUUUACCAGCAAUGCGCUUUAAAGAACCACUACGUGCGCUUGCUAGAAUUGGUAUCGAUUUUGCUGGUCCAUUUCUUACUAUGCUACCCCAAGAUGAAAAGCUCAAAAGAACUUUGGAAUGGUUUUUUGAAUUAAUUUAG